GGCUGGGGUUUUAGUUUGGCUCGUUUUUUUUUUUUUUUUUAAUGAGGACUGCUUAAUCACAGAGCGGUCAAGGCUGUGGAGGGGUGUUUCACUGGUGACCCAGCCUUAUAAGAGCCAGUUUGAGCCAGGAGGACGGGGAGAAUCCAGCCUGUGACAGAGGGUUUGGGAGGGAUUUUACAUCUCUCUCCCGCCUGCUGUAGCAGGAGCCGAGUUGCGCUAAGGAUCCAUCCACCCAGCUCAGCUAUGUCCACCAGCAGCAUGGACGUGGGCUGUGAGAGGUGCGGGUGCCACAGCGAAGACAAGCGCACCGCCAUCCUCUACACCCUCCUCAGCCAGAACCUCACCCACAGCCGGGGCGGCCGGGGCCCAGAUCACCAGCGCUGCCUCUGCCACCAGCGCCGGACCGUCUGCCUCCGCACGCCCCACGUCACCUGCCAGGCGGCCUCCAACGUCCUGGUAAAAACCAUCAGCUUUAUGAAAAACCUCCCAUCCUUCCACCUGCUGCCACGAGAGGAUCAGCUCCUGCUGCUGGACAGCUGCUGGGUCCCCCUCUUCCUCCUGGGACUGGUCCAGGAGAUGGUGACCUUCGAGGUGAUGGAGACCCCAGCCCCCAGCAUGCUCAAGAAGAUCCUCCUCAAUGGCCAAAGCAAAAGGCAGGAGCCUGAGCGGACGCAGCCCACGCUGGCCGCCGUGCAGCGCCUGCAGUGCUGCCUCAACACCUUCUGGAGCCUGGACCUGAGCCCCAAGGAAUACGCCUACCUGAAGGGAGCCAUCCUCUUCAAUCCUGACGUCCCUGGGCUGAGGGCCUCCCUGUACAUAGAGAGCCUCCAGCGGGAAGCCCAGAGAGCGCUUCAAGAGGUCCUGCAGCCCCUGCACCCCGAGGACCAGGGCCGCUUUGCCCGCAUUUUGCUGAUCGCCUCUACCUUGAAAUCGAUCCCUCCCGCCCUCAUCACGGAUCUCUUCUUCCGACCCGUCAUCGGCAACGCGGACAUUGUCGAGCUCAUCGCAGAAAUGUUGUACGAAAUAACCGUAGGGCAGCUGGCUCCCGCCGCACGCAUGGCGUGCUGA